AUGGCUUUGGGACAUGUGGAAAUGGCCAUGGAGGGCAUUGGAGGGACCAGUGGCAGCAAAGCAUCUGCCUUCCAGAGCCCCUCAGGACCCAUUGCUGUGCCGCUCCGUUUGCUCACUCAAGACCAGACACUUGGUGCUAAGCCCUGGUUGACACUAAGAGGUGGCACCUUGCUGUCUGAGGCUGAAUGGUGGCAAGUCUCUCUGCACAGGUUUCCAGAAGUAACACUAUUUUUUUCUUUUCAGAAAACUGAUUGGGAGGUAGCUAUUAAAAGUAUUAAUAAAAAGAACUUGUCAAAAUCACAAUUACUGCUUGGGAAGGAAAUUAAAAUCUUAAAGGAACUUCAGCAUGAAAAUAUCGUAGCACUCUAUGAUGUUCAGGAAUUACCCAACUCUGUCUUCCUGGUGAUGGAGUAUUGCAAUGGUGGAGACCUGGCAGAUUAUUUGCAAGCUAAAGGAACUCUUAGUGAAGACACCAUCAGAGUGUUCCUGCACCAGAUUGCAGCUGCCAUGCGGAUUCUGCACGGCAAAGGCAUCAUUCACAGGGAUCUCAAACCACAGAACAUCUUGCUGUCGUACGCCAAUCGCAGGAAGUCCGGUGUCAGUGGUAUUCGCAUCAAAAUAGCGGAUUUUGGUUUUGCUCGUUACCUACAUAGUAACAUGAUGGCUGCAACACUGUGCGGAUCCCCAAUGUACAUGGCUCCUGAGGUUAUUAUGUCUCAACAUUAUGAUGCUAAGGCAGACUUGUGGAGCAUAGGAACAGUGAUAUACCAAUGCCUCGUUGGAAAACCACCUUUUCAGGCCAAUAGUCCUCAAGACUUAAGGAUGUUUUAUGAAAAACACAGAAGCUUAAUGCCUAGCAUCCCCAGAGAAACAUCCCCUUAUUUGGCUAAUCUUCUUUUGGGUUUGCUUCAGAAAAACCAAAAAGAUAGAAUGGACUUUGAAGCGUUUUUUAGCCAUCCUUUUCUUGAGCAAGUUCCAGUAAAAAAAUCCUGCCCCGUCCCUGUGCCCCUGUGUGCUGGCUCUGCCUUGGGAAGCGCCUGCGGCAGCUCUUCGCCUUGUCGCUUUGCCUCUCCACCAUCCCUUGCAGAUAUGCAGCAUAUUCAGGAAGAAAACCUAUCCUCCCCACCAUUGGGUCCUCCCAACUAUCUACAAGUGUCCAAAGAUUCUGCCAGUACUAGUAGCAAGAACUCCUCUUGUGACACGGAUGACUUUGUUUUGGUUCCACACAACAUCUCGUCAGACCACUCAUACGAUAUGCCCGUGGGAACUGCCGGCAGACGAGCUUCAAAUGAGUUCUUGGUGUUUGGAGGACAGUGUCCGCCUACUGUGUCACCUCACAGUGAAACAGCACCAAUUCCAGUUCCUACUCAGAUAAGGAAUUAUCAGCGCAUGGAGCAGAAUCUUACAUCUACUGCCAGCUCUGGCACAAAUCCACAUGGUUCUCCAAGGUCUGCAGUGGUGCGAAGGUCCAACACCAGCCCUAUGGGCUUCCUCCGGGUGGGAGCCGGCUCCCCAGCGCCCGCAGACACAGCACAGACAGUCGGACGAAGACUCUCCACUGGGUCUUCCAGGCCUUAUUCACCUUCCCCUUUGGUUGGUGCCAUUCCAGAGCCAUGGAGUCAGUGCUGCUGUGGGCGCCCACAGGGCCAGGAAUCCGGGAGGAGGAACUCUUCAGGUUCUUCAGUGCCGCAGGCUCAGUCACCACAGUCUUUUUUCUUGGGUGCUAGACUGCAGAGCGCCCCCAGCCUCACUGACAUCUACCAGCACAAGCAGAAGCUCAGAAAGCAGCACUCCGACCCCGUGUGCCCGUCCCACAUGGGGGCUGGGUGCAGUCACUCCCCUCAGCCCAGUCGGCCGGGCAGCCUGGGGACUUCUCCCACCAAACACCUGGGGUCCUCUCCGCGGAGUUCUGACUGGUUCUUUAAAACCCCUUUACCAACAAUAAUUGGCUCUCCUACCAAGACCACAGCUCCUUUCAAAAUCCCCAAAACACAAGCAUCUUCCAACCUGCUAGCGUUGGUUCCUCGCCAUGGGCCUUCUGAAGGGCAAUCUAAAGAUGGGGAUGACCCACGGGAAUGCUCUCAUUGUCUCUUACUACCAGGAAGGGAGAGGCAGACGUCUGAGCAGCAAAGCAAGGCAGUGUUUGGCAGAUCUGUCAGUACUGGGAAACUGUCCGAUCAACAAGUCAAGACACUUUUAGGUGGACAUCAGGGCAGCACAGACAGUUUAAAUACAGAACGACCAAUGGAUAUAGGAGCCUGUGGUGUGGCCCUGGUGCCUCCUGGGGGAGCAGCAGCCAGCUCCAGGGCCGUCCUGUUCACUGUGGGGUCCCCUCCACACAGCGCCACGGCCCCCACUCGGACCCACACGGUCCUUCGACCAAGGACAACCUCAGUGGGCUCCAGCAGCUCGGGGGGCUCCCUGUGCUCCGCAAGCAGCCGCGUGUGUGUGGGCUCCCCACCCGGGCCAUGCUGGGGGCCAUCCCCUCCGGGAGCAGAGGCGGCCCCCAGCCUGAGAUACACGCCUUAUGGGGCUUCGCCCCCCAGCCUGGAGGGGCUCAUCACCUUUGAAGCGCCUGAGCUGCCGGAGGAGACGCUGAUGGAGCGGGAACACACGGACACCCUGCGCCACCUGAACCUGAUGCUGAUGUUCACGGAGUGUGUGCUGGACCUGACAGCGGCGCGGGGCGGCCUCCCGGAGCUGUGCUCGUCCGCCGUCUCCUUGUACCAGGUCCAGGAGAGCGUGCUUGUGGACCAGAUCAGCCAGCUGAGCAAGGACUGGGGGCGGGUGGAGCAGCUGGUGUUGUACAUGAAAGCGGCCCAGCUGCUGGCGGCGUCGCUGCAUCUUGCUAAAGCCCAGAUCAAGGCCGGGAAGUUGAGUCCGUCCUCGGCAGUGAAACAAGUUGUCAAAAAUAUGAAUGAACGAUACAAAUUGUGCAUCACCAUGUGCAAGAAACUUACAGAGAAGCUGAAUCGCUUCUUCUCCGACAAACAGAGGUUUAUCGAUGAAGUGAACAGCGUCACUGCAGAGAAGCUCAUCUAUAGCUGCGCUGUACAGAUGGUGCAGUCUGCGGCCCUGGACGAGAUGUUCCAGCAGACGGAGGACAUUGCGUACCGCUAUCACAAGGCGGCCCUCCUCCUCGAAGGCCUGACCAAGAUUCUCCAGGACCCUGCGGACGUGGAAAAUGUGCAGAAGUAUAAAUCUAGUAUUGAAAGAAGGUUGUCGGCGCUCUGCGGCAGCUCUCCCACGCCCUGAGGAGCAGCAGGUGUCCUGGGCCGGUCUGCUGCCUGGUCACUACCAAAGAACGAGCAGUGAUUUCAAAACAAAAACUACAUGUUUGUAGGAAACCUGCCUUAUUGGAAAGUCACCCCUUUCCUUUUUCUUUGUAGAAGCAGAAGCAAGAGUAUGUCGCUUGGCUCUGUGUGAACUUGGUAAAUAAAUGUACCUUAGAGCUAGAAUCACUAGUUCAUUUAUUCUUAAGGACAAUUAAGGAAACAAAAUGAGUCGCUCUUCGCUAGCUCACCAGAGCAGUGUGUGGAAUUCCACGUGUCUGCUGAGUGUAAAGUAAACAGCGACAUCUGGUCCAGGCAGCUUGGUCCUGGGGGUAUGUUGUCUAAGUCUGAGCAUGACCCUUACACAGCUCAGGAAGAAACAGCUUAAGGAGACGGGAAAGAUGGCAGUUAAAAGGAAUUGUGAAAUCUUCAAUUUGAUCUAAUAUGGACUCUUGUUAUUGUUAAUCUUCCCAAAUCUUUCAUAUAUUGCACUAAUUUAUUAAAACAACUCUGUAUUGGAUUUUGCAAUUUAAAACUAACUGAGGCACAAUGGACUUGUUUGAAAAAUACUUUACUUGAUUGUCUACACACACCCUUUUCAGCAUCACACGUAGUCGCUAGUAGGCUUUUCAGUGGUAAGAGCCUGUGUUCGGGUGACCCUUUGCGUUUGUCUAACCUCUUCAUCUGCACCCCCAGGUUUUCUCAGCGAUGUUUUUGAGCUGCAGCUGUUGGCCUUGGUUGCAUUCUUUAUUGUGCAUGUGGAUGUGCAUUGAUGGCUGGGACUUCUUGGCUUCUUAACAGCUGGUUUAUUUGGGCAGUAUUAGAAAAAAAUGUCAAUCAAGGGAUACCCGCUAGAAUUCUAAUAGGGCCAAGUCAUGUUGGGAUCUAAAGGCUUGUUAAUGAUGGGGAGUGCCUACAUGAAAUUAGUGAGAAGUGAGGUUUGUUUUCUCUUAGGAAAGUGGCAGCUCUCUAGCCUAAUACGUGUUUUUCAUGUUAAUCCUGACAGGUUACCAAAUAGCUGGUUAUGGAGAAGGUGGGCAGUUAACAUCACUCCAGAAAUGGUUCCUACCUUGUACAUUAUUUGGUUUCUUUUAUUUACCUGCUUGAAUACUUGAAUAAACCACUCUCCAGUUUUAGUCCUUUUAUUUUAAUCCUUUUAGAUAAUAAAUUUGAACUGACAAAUUGCACAGAAGCUCGUUGGCAUUAAUCUAAUUUAGUGACAUGAUAAAAACAUAAACAAGGCUUCCCUUUACUUUGACAAAGUAAUGUAAUUUACCUUAUUUAUCUGUAUGAAAUUCCAGCAGUUAAUUUGAACACUUAUUUAUAUGAUGUUUGUAUUCUUAGGUCUUUAAUACAGUGUUUCUACCUCUCAUUUGUAAUUGCAUGCAUUAUUCUUGAAACUAGGUAAAAAUCACUGAAUUGUUGUAUAAUAAAUAGCCUUUUUAUUAUUGCCUGUACAGAUGUAAAUUAAGGUAAAAUAAACCGGACAAAGUCUUUCUAGGGUAAAGCUGGGUCCGUUUUACGUGGCUGUUCGAGCCAGGUCCUCACUCAGUGAGCGCGGAGGCUCGGUCAUGGGUACCCUGUGCCCUGCCCCAGGAUUUCAAGCUCGGGGUCUGUCACGUGGCUGCCAGGAACACAGACUGGAGAAGGACGCUGCCCCUCCCAGGGCUCGAGGCACCAGUGUGAGCGAUGUUCCUUUUGUGGGGUUUGGAAGUUACAGGGUGGUUCUCACCGUGCUUUCCCAGCGGACCCUCUGAGGGGCGGGUCAUUCCCCGCCUUUCUCUCCAGCGUUUUUUGAUCACAGGAUGAAACAGGUUCACAGCGAGCAAAUGGUUGGUCUGAGGUUGGAUCACUAAGAAGGGGCUUCCAUGUUCUCUCAUCCUCUUGUGUAACGAAGGUUUAUGGGAGGUAGUAUUUGUGAAACUGAAGUCUGAGCAGCAGAGAAGAUCAAACUGUAAAAUCAUGAAUAAUGGUUCUGAUUAUAUUUCCAUUAUCAAGGCUAAUUGUUUUAAGAGAUUUUUGCCUUGAUUAUAGCAAUAAUAAACAAAGACUUUGUUUCCAUGA